GCAGCAGCAGCCACCUGGAGGUUAUCAAUCCGGUGACUGAAAAGACAGAUAUCAGAUGUGCUGAAGGAGGAAAAUCAGACAUCACAAGCUAUUUUUAUAUUUAUAUAUUGUUCUAUAUAUUUUAUAUUAAGAACAGUUGUCUGCAUCAUAAUCCAUUAUCCAUAUAAGUAAUGUUAUGACCAUAAUCCAUUUAGCUUUCUGAUUUUGACCAGUGUAGUGAGACACACUGUUGUGUACACAUAUUGUAUGCAGAGAUUAGUGUCGAGAGAUUUAGCUCAGAUGUUGGGAAAAUAAAUAGAAAAACUGAUGGAACUAGAUUUCAAACUGAUAAAGUUUCUUUGUGAUUCUUGUGAUUUCUAAAAACAGUCAAGAAAACAGUUUCAAUGUGUUCACAUGCCUAACUCCAGGUUGGUUGAAUAUUGGGCUGAGGAAUUAUUCAAAGGGAUAAUAAUCAGCACUAUUACUGAGCUAGUUUUGCUGCUAACAAAAGAAAGAAAUGGAGAACUCAACUGAGAUUGUGUCUUUUGUGCUGGCAGCCUAUGGUAAUAUUGGAGAGUUAAAAUAUCUCUAUUUCAGUAUAAUGCUGUUAUGGUACCUCUCAAUAUGUGUGGCCAACACAGUUCUUAUUAUAGUCAUAUAUGUGGACAAAAGGUUGCAUGAGCCAAUGUACAUAUUACUAUGUAAUUUAUUUGUGAAUGAAAUCGGUGGCAGCACAUCACUGUAUCCUCUUAUGCUCUCACAGAUGUUUUCAGAUACCCAUGAAGUGACCCUGCCAUGGUGUUUUCUACAGAUGUGUUAUAUCUACAUAAGUACGUCAGUUGAAUUUUGCAGUUUAGCAGCCAUGGCCUACGACAGAUAUGUCGCUAUCUGUUAUCCUUUACACUACAGUGUCAUUAUGAACACAGGGAGAGUUGGUAUGAUCAUUCUGUUUGUAUGGAUGUAUUCAUUUGUUAAUUUUAUAUUCUCAUUUUCAUUUGUCAUCCAUUUGAAGUUUUGUGGAAAUGUCAUUGACAAAGUGUUCUGUGAUCACCACUUAGUGAUUAAACUUGCAUGUUCAGCUUCAGUAGUACACAAAAUAUCUGACCUUAUUUUUGCCUUUGUGACCAUUGUUAUCCCAGUUAGUCUAAUUUCAGUCUCUUAUAUGAAGAUUUUGGCUGUUUGUCUGAAUACUUCUAAAGAAAACAAACAAAAAGCCGUCUCCACCUGCACACCUCAGAUUGUCUCUCUAUCAAACAUGUUUGUCGGCGGCGUUUUUCACUUUGUUGAUUCCAGGUUUGAUGUUGCUCAUGUACCAGACAAAGUACGCAUUAUUUUAUCUGUGUGUCUCCUCAUUUGCCAACCAAUGGUCACUCCCUUUAUGUAUGGAUAUAGCCUACCAAAGAUAAAACAAUCCUGUAAAAGAUUUCUGUUUAAUCGAAAUAUAAAUGUUUAGAGCAAGGAUGACUAUCUCUGCUCUGUGGAAAAACAACAUUAUGUUUGUCUCCAGUGUGGUUUAAAUUUAUAGACAAAAGAUUAUCUUGAAAGUUGCACACAUCUUACAUUUAUAUAAUGUGUGAAAAAUGUGUUAAGUGAUGUGGUUUUCUUUUACUAAUCAAGUUGUCAAGACUUUAAUGGACUACAUUAGUGAUAUACAACCGCUAAUUUCUCUUUAUUUCCUGGGAUGAUCAACUCUAGUAAAACUAAAGUUUGUCCUAGAAUCUAAAAAAAAUAUUACACCCAAGCACAAACCAAUAUGAAUGAAUGACAAUAUUAUUACACUAACAAUUGAAUUCAUUAUAAGAAAGAAUAAAUAAGAAGAAUACCUAUUGUAACAUGCUUUGCCUUUAAAACUUUUUCUGUCAUGCCCCCCUUCAAAAGCCAAAAACCUUUAUCCACCCCCAAAACUGUUUCGUCAUUAACAAUGAGUGGGGAAGCAACUAAUACAUUUUAUUUUAUUUUAGCAAAAUAAAAUGCCCACGCAAAAAGGCCUACAGACAGCUGCUGUAUAAGAACAUUUAUUUACUUGUAGAGAUAAAAAAUAGUACAGGAAAAAGUAUUUGUAGUUUUCAGCAGCACCCAGAGUAUUGGACUGAAACUCUGAUCUCCACAGGCCACAAUGUUGGGUAUAAUUCUGCUUUCCUGAAAGUUGGUGGUGAGUAGCGCUGAAAUCUAUAACUGCAGGCAUGAACUUUCACUAGAGUUUUGCAUGCUUUUAUAAACCUCUGGUUGGAUCAGCAAUCAUAGGUCUAAAUCCAGUUCUGAGGUAGAAACCAGUGAAAGGCCUUCUCUCUUGAUAAUCUAAAACAUAACGUUUCAGCCACACCACACUUGUCUUGUCUUGUUGCCUAGUACCUGUACUUGUGCAAUGACAAUAAAGUUGAAUUUAAUCUAAUCUAAUCUAAUCUAAUAUAAAGUCAAUAUUAUGGUGACAAAAUACUCAAUACUAAGAGAGUGAAAUGUGUAAUGUUAAUACUUUCUAUCUGAUAGACCAUGAGCCACAAUAAUUGCAUUUUGGAAUUAAAAUAAAUACUGUGUGUCUGCUGCAUGUAUGAACAAGACAUCUCUGACAUGUUCACCAUAGCAACUUUAUAAGGCCAUAGUGUGUGUUUGUACAUGCGCACACAACCUUUUCCUACAGUUGAAAUGGUGGCAAACUGUUAACGGGGAGCUGGAUUGCAAAACAGGUUGUAAUGUGCUCUUCUCCAGGUUUGGUAACAGUGGUUGUUGAAUUAAUGGGCAGAUGGAACACUAACCUCCUUCUCCUGACACAGUAAAAGAGCUGGCUUGUAACUGAAGACGUCUUCAAAAGGAGACCUGUGGCAGAACAAGGCAAGGAAUUAUGAGAGUACGUCACCUGGGUCAACUGCUGACUCCAAGAGGAGGGGUUAGGGGUAGAUGAGACAACGCAGGCUGGUCUCCAAAUCCACCUUAGCAUGCUCCAUCAGACGGUUGAUCUGCAGGUGGAAACCUGAAGACAGACUGGCAGUAGAACCUAGGGAGGGAGCUGAACAACCUCCAGAAAUGAGCACCGAACUGGGAUCCCCACUCUGACACAAUGUCCUUGGUAGUUGAAAAAUAUGUUGGACCAGAA